CCUCAGCCAAAUAGCAGAGCUUGAUAAAUGGAGAGAAAUUUUCAACACACAAGGGUUGGAAUUACAAGGCUGUUUUGCGAGGGUAAGUUUAGGUUUUCAGUUUUUAUUUGUCUUUCCUUUCACCUGCCAGUUAUGCAACUGUUUUAGUCUGAAGGAGUGAGUGUAGGGAGAAGUACAGCUUUUGGUCUGAUAUCAAAUGACUCCUGAUCAAUCCUUGUCUUUAUGUGUUUAAGCCUGACAGUACGUUAACUGAUCCUUCAGACAGAGUGGGCUCAGGUAACUCUAUGUCAUUUCUAUCCAGUCAAAGCGAUAUGUGUGUGUGAAGGCUGUGUAUGUGCGUGGCUGUGAUGCUUGCCACCAACCUGAUAUCCUUUAAACCUGGGGACGCAGCAAGAGGGGUGGUAAUUCCUGCUCUGCCUCAUCAGCAUCAUUUCUUUUCAUACUCCAUUUACCUUGUUUUUCCACUGUCUCACUGGACCAAGUACCAGAACUAUGUGUGAGAGCGAAGGUCCCUGCGAUCACCAGGUGCAUGUAGCCAAAGUAAUGGCGGACUAUAAGCAGCUAUUACAGACCAUUAGGACUCUACAGCCUUCCAGGCUCAAUUACAUAGAGCUUCUUCAAGAGGAGGUGAAGAGAAGCCGGGAUAGACCUCCUGAGAGGAUUAAAGCUGAAGAAGAGACUGAGGAUGUUUCUAGGUCUUCUACCUCAGCCCAGACACCCACAGGCUACAUUAACCAGCUGAUGAUGCCUUACUCCAUCCCCCACUCUCUUGUUGUCUCCCCGAGUCUGGGUGGGCAUCCUGUGUCGCCUGAACUCGCCAUGAGUCUGAGAAAGAUUUUGUUUGGAAAUACGUUCCACAUCUUCAACUAUGAGUGGAAGAAAUCUUUCUUCAAGUUCCGGGAGCCCCACUCAAACCUGUCCUAUGCUCUGGAGGCAGAAAGAGGGGGAGCCCGUGCUGUACAGAUGGCAGUCCAGGCUCACAUUAUCAAAUACCUGCUCUUCAAAAGGCCAGUGGACUCAGAGUGCUGCACAAUGGAAAGUUUGGGGGAGGUGGGGGAGAAGGAGCAGGAGAGGGCAUUGGCCGCUGCUUUGGCUGACAUUUUAUGGACAGCUGGUGAGGAGCAUACUGCCACCGUCUCCUUGGUUACACCUGAGCGCUGCUUUACCCCCCACCUGGACUACAAACUGGACAACUUCACAGAGAAGUUGCAACUUUUUUCCUUCAAAAAGAAGGAAGAUACAAGGAAAUUCAUUUAUGAACAUAUUCAGUGUUUCAAUGAGGAAGGAAGCCAUGGGGUCAUUCUCUUUCUGUAUAGCUUGAUCUUCUCCAGGUCCAUUGUUAGGUUACAAGAAGACCUGGAUUUCACCACUACUCACCUCUUACACUUGGGUUUGGGCAACUUUGGUUGUCGCCAGGCUCUUUUGAACCUUCUGAUGACCGGUCGUGCCAGUCCUAAUGUCUUCAAUGGGACGUUGUCAUAUGAUGAAGAUGGCAGCCCAUUGCCACAACCUCUUCAUGGAGUUUUGGCGCGCAGUGACAUGGGAUACUUGCACUGGAGUCGAGAGCAGGCAGAACAUGCAAAGCUUCCUACGGUAGGAAGCAUGCUUAAGACCCCCAAACUGCCAAUUUGGGUUUGCAACAUCAAUGGCAGCUACAGCGUUCUGUUUAGUCCCACCCGAUCUCUGCUGUCUGAUUGGAAAAUGGAGCAUCACUUCCACCUCUACUUUUACAAUGGCCAAGCAACUCAAUGCAGCACUGCAAUGCUCACAAUAGACACACACUCCCACCAUUGGGAGGCUGGAAAUGGAGACAAUCAAGGAGAUCCAGAAAGGAGGUUCCCCUCACUGGAGAUGACCAUCAGGACCAAAUGGGAGGGAGCUGCAAUUGACUGGAAUGGCACAGUACCAUUUUUCUGAAGAGGUCUGAACAAUUCAAAAGAUUUGUGGCAGCAUGACUUUAAUCUCAAAAUGGUAUGGUUUUAAACAACAGUAAAAUCAUUUUUUUUGUGUAUGUAUACAGUUUAGGAGCAGUCAUGCUGUAUUUAUGCCAUACUUAAUUUUUUUUGUUUACAUUUGUAUACAUGCCCUGAAAUAUCAAAGGAAAAAUUUCAUGUUGACUCACAAAUGUAUGGAGCAUACCAAAGACCUUUUUUCUUAAUUUACAUUCUUUUAUUGAAAUAAGAUAUGAUAUAUAUCUUGACUUAUGACAGCUAAAGUUAGUAUAUUAUCUGAACAGUAAAAAUCCUUCCACUAUAUAUGGAAUAGAAUACAUUUGUUUCAUUGUGCUUAUUACUUGCUUUAACAUUCAAACAAAGGUGUUUUCCUCAUUAAAAAAAAAAUAAAAUAACCGUUAACUCAACUGGACAAAACA